AUGCCAGAACCGGUGGCUGCAACAGAGGCCUGGGCGCCGCCGCGGACUGCACCCACGAGGCGCGGCGACCGAAGCAACCCGAGAAAUGGCAGUGAAUCACAGGACUCCCCCCAUAACCGCAAUGGCAAUACCCCUGCGAGAGGAAACCGUGGACAAAGAGGUGGCCGGGGAAGAGGUAGAGGCCGUGGACAAGGACAAGGGCGCGACAACUCAGUUUCUCAGACAUCUCAACAGUCUGAACCCGUGAGAGAAGACGGCGUUGAGAGACCACCUCGUGGCAGCUUCGGUGCACGCCUGACUGAAGCUGCCUCAAACCCAGAAGGCGACACAACCGACUCGCAGCCAAAGGAGAAAGAUAAUGCCGCUGAGGAAACGGAAGAUGGAGAAGUGUGCUUCAUUUGCGCGAGUCCCAUUGAGCACGUCUCAAUCGCACCCUGCAACCAUCAGACAUGCCACAUCUGCGCCUUGAGACUACGAGCGUUGUACAAGACACGAGCUUGUGCCCAUUGCAGAACGGAAGCACCAUUUGUGAUUUUCACUGACAGCGCGGACAAGCGGUUCGAAGAGUUUACCGACAAGGACUUUGUCAAGGUUGACGAAAACUUGGGUAUAAAAUACGAGAAGGACGUUAUCUUCGAAGACACCAUACUGCUCUUGAGAUACAACUGCCCUGAUAAGGACUGCGACGUUGCAUGUCGGGGUUGGCCGGAUCUACAUCGACAUGUCAAGACAAAGCACGGGAAGAUAAUGUGCGACCUGUGUACCAGAAACAAAAAAGUCUUCACCCAUGAACAUGAGCUGUUCACGUAUGCGGGACUUAGGAGGCACGAAAAAUAUGGAGACGACAUGCCCGGGGCAGUCUCACAAUCCGGGUUCAAAGGACAUCCUGAAUGUGGCUUUUGCAAGCAAAGAUUCUAUGGGGACGACGAACUUUACACCCAUUGCCGGGAGAAGCAUGAGAGAUGCCACAUCUGUGACAGACGAAAUGGGGGCAGAAAUCCACAGUAUUACUUGAAUUACCAAGAACUGGAGAAGCACUUCGCGGCCGAGCAUUUCGUGUGUUUGGAUGCAGAGUGUCAGGCCAACAAGACGAAUGUCUUUGAAUCCGAGAUGGACCUCAAGGCGCAUCAACUCUCGGAGCAUCCCAAUGGAUUGUCCAAAGAUGCUCGAAGAGAUGCCAGACUGGUGAAUCUCUCUGGAUUCGACAUCCGCACGCCGUACCAACCACAACGAAGAGGGAAUCACGACCGAGAAAGCCGUGGUAGUGGGAGAGGUCGUGAUCCAAAUGCUGAACCACUACCUACAUCCAGCGCUCAGCCUCUGAGCCGCGCCGAGUUGGCCUUCCAGAGACAGCUGGCGAUCCAGAGUUCCCAGUCCGUAUCCAACAGGAGCUUUGGAGGGCAGCUCACACAACCAACACGAUCUCCUCCCGCCACACGCGCUCAACCAGGUCCCUCCACACAGCCUCAAUCACUGCCGCCUGUAGAGAAUUUGAAUCUUGGAACUGACGCCCCUGGCCCAUCAAUAUCAAAUGCCACACCUCAAGAACAGGCGCGAGCCUUACGACACCAAGCCGUUAUCGACCGUGCGUCGACAUUGUUAAAGAACGACAGGACCAAGCUCUCACAGUUCCGUACACAUGUUUCUGCAUACCGGAGCGGCACCAGCUCAGCGACUGAAUUAAUUGACUCGUUCUUUUCUCUGUUCGAUUGCCCGAGUACAGAACUGGGCAAGCUGAUUCGCGAACUGUCCGAUCUGUACGAAGACGAUGGAAAACGUCAAGCCCUGCUACAGGCUUGGAAUGACUGGCGCAGCAUCAACGAGGAUUACCCCAGUCUCCCUGGUCCAAGCGGGACACUCCCAGGUGUUUCGAGCGGCACCACCGGCUCGGGCAGCGGCAGACGCGUUCUGACGCUCAAGAAAAGUACGGCGCAAUCUUCUCGCUCGGCGGUCUCAAGACAAGGCUCCUGGGGUAACGCACUGUCCGGUGGCAGCAGUGGCACUGGCAGUAGGGAUAGCGACCCGUUCCCUGCUCUCUCAUCUGCCGCCAACAAUGGCUCCCGCAGAACAGGUGCUGCAGGUGCAUCAAUACAACCGGCAUGGGGCAAUACCGCCGCACAACAAGUCACCAACACAAGGGUCAGCGUUGCACCUCCAACCUCACGGCCUGCACCGACGACCGCAUCAACCCUCCGUCAAUCCACACGCAAUAACAAUCUUCCUCCUCCCCGGCCAACUGAGGACUUGUUCCCGUCUCUGCCUCCCGCACCGAAACCAAACACCAUGAUGCCCGGAUUCAAUACCCGCGGAUCCGUCCGAUGGCUGAACUCAUCGAGUCGUAACUCUCCAUCCGGCUCGGGAACUACCACGCCGGUAAAUGCAUGGGCCAAUGGAGGAUUGACUCCGACCCCUGCACAAGCUGCUGCCUCGGCUGCUUCUGCCUCUACUGCUGGAGGUGCUGGGGCUGGGGCUGAUGGCGACUUUGAUGGCGGAGACGGCUCUGGCGCGAAGAAGAAGGGCAAGAAAGCGAAAAAGGGAGAGACGCUGUUCCAUUUUGGUUGA